AUGGCUAAGCGCGUGGCAGUCAUCGGUGGAGGCCCAACGGGCCUCAUGGCGCUCAAGAUCUUCCGCGAAGACGGCUUUGAUGCGGUCCUGUACGAAAGUCGUGACUGGGUGGGCGGGCUCUGGAAGGUCUCCACAGACAACGGCCUCUCCGCAGCGGAGAACACCAUCUUCAACACCAGCAAGUAUCGUGCAGCUGCUACCGACUUUCCCAUGCCCGAUGAUUUUGACGAUUUCCCGACUUCAGCUCAGCUGUAUAAGUACUGGAACGACUACUGUGAUCACUUUCAGCUGUGGCCGCAUAUCAACUUGAAGACCAAAGUGUCGGCAGUGCGAAGAGAGGAAGAUCGAUGGGCUGUCGUUAUUUUUGAUCCUGGCAAGGAUUCAGAUGACGCUGCCACUCAUGCUGAGUAUUUCGACAAGGUCUGCGUAGCGACAGGUCCUUUCGCGAAGCCAAAGUUUCCGAAACUUGAAGGCAUCGAAAAGUUCGCCGGGAGUACAACUCACGUCGUGAACCAUCACGACCCAUCCCAAUACGCCGGCAAAACCGUCCUCCUCGUAGGCCUCCACGCCUCAGCCUGCGACGCUGCCUGCGGCCUCGCCUCUCACGCCAAAAAGGUGUGGAUCUCCCACCGCUCUGGCGUAGUCUUCACACCUCGGUACACAUCCGACGGCGCACCCUUCGACAAACUCCCUCCCUUCUGGUUCAUCCUCUUCAGUCUAUACCUCUCCGCCUGGUUCCCUGCAGCCUUCUUCUGGAUCCUGGACCAGCUUCUCGUUGGAAUGUCGAAGAAAGCGUACCCAAACGUCCCCGAGAGCUGGGGCGUAAGCAAAGCCCGCUCCAUCGCCGUCACCACACCCCUCAUCGUCGAGGAACUAUACCCCCAUCUCUCAGCCGGGACCUGCGAACCCGUCGCAUCCGUCGCGCGGAUCACAGGCCCAAAGACCGUCGAACUAACCUCCGGCCAAGUCCUACCCGACAUCGACGCAAUAAUCUACUGCACAGGCUACCACUUCUACAUCCCCCUCUCCUUCUCCCCACCAGACCUAAACCCAUACCCAACCCUCGGCCAACCCGCAAACCUAUACCGUAACAUCUUCCCCCUGCACCCCGACCUCAAGAUCCGCGCCUCCCUAGCCUUCCAAGGCCAAGCAGCAAUCCCAUACCCCGGCUUCUCCCAAUUCGAAGUCCAAAUCCUCUCCAUUUCGCAAAUAUGGCUCGGAAACAGCUCCCUGCCCACUCACGCCACAAUGCUCCACUGGCAUGCAACUUUCCUCGCCUGGCGAAACCACCUCAUCAAAAAAUACAACGCGCGCGAAACCUUCUACACCGCCAUCCUCCCCUUCUCGGACAUGGCGGAUUGGUACGAUAAAACCGCCGGUCUCGGGAUGCGUCAGCACUUUGGCUACAUUUCCCGGUGGACAAGUCCCACGGCACUGAAGUUUUGGUGGAGGGAGCCGGAGUUGUAUCGGGCUUGUUUGAAUGACUUUUCGAGUCCGGCGAUGUUUAGGCUCUUUGAGACGGGGAAGAGGAGGAGAUGGGAAGGGGCGAGGGAGGCGAUUUGGAGGGAGAAUGGGAGGAUUGAGGAGAGUCAACGGGCGAGGUUGAGGGGGUGGGAGAAGGAGGGGGGAGGCGAGACAUGGGGACGGGUGAGGAGGGGUUAG